CAUGUAUACUGUCGUCAUAUUCACUGUCGUCAACUCGAUCGUCAUCGAAUACGGAGUCGUCAGCUAUGGAGUCGUCAACCAUAGAGUCGUCGACCAUGGAGUCAACCAUAGAGUCGUCGUCAACUAUGGAGUCGUCGUCGAAUACCGAAUCAUCACCAAGUAGACUGUGAUCAACUUCAGCGUCGUCAACUUGAGCGUCGUCCUCUUGAGUGUCGUCCAUAUCUAUCUCUUCGGCUGGAGCGUCUUCGAAAACAGCCUCUUCAACCACAGCCUCUUCAGUCGGAGUGUCCUCAACGGUAGCCUCUUCUAUUAGCGUAUCUACAGCCUCUUCGACUGGGAUAUCGUCAACUGAAGCGUCAUCAAUUGGAGUGUCGUCAACCGGAGCGUCGUCAACCGGAGCGUCGUCAACUGGAGCGUCGUCAAAUGGAGUGUCUUCACCCGGAGUGUCUUCGACUGGGAUAUCGUCAACAACAGUCUCUUCGACUGCAGCCUCCUGCUCGACCGUGACUUCCUCGCUAGGGUCUUCCUCGCUAGGAGCUGUCUCUUCUGCAGGAGGAUCGGUAAGAGGUGUCUCAUCGACGAUAACUUCCUCAUCGACUGCAGGUUGUUC